AAAGCGGGAUCCAUGGAGGAAAAGCGCCUGUAUGUUUGUGCCUCUUGAGUAUGGCUGUCCUCAGAAUCCUCAGAUAUGUGCGUUCAAUUAAGGACCCGCUUAUCCUUUUCCUAACUCCGGUGCUUCUUCUUCCUUUGCCUUUGGUGAUCGGGACCCCGGAGGCAGAAUGUGCCUAUGUGAUUGUGCUGAUGGCAGUGUACUGGUGCUCAGAGGUGCUGCCCCUGGCUAUUACUGCUCUGCUGCCAGCUCUCCUUUUUCCUCUGUUUGGGAUCAUGAAGUCAAAAGAUGUGUGUAUGCAAUACCUGAAGGACACAAACCUGCUGUUUGUGGGGGGGCUGAUGGUGGCGGUGGCGGUUGAGCACUGGAAUCUACACAAACGCAUCGCUCUAAGAGUCCUACUCUUUGUAGGUGUUCGACCAGCACUUUUGAUGUUAGGUUUUAUGGGGGUCACAGCCUUCCUGUCCAUGUGGAUCAGUAACACAGCAACUACAGCCAUGAUGGUGCCUAUUGUCCAAGCUGUUUUGGAACAGCUCAACAAUAAUGAAGCAGAUAUUCCUCAAAUUCUAAGCUCUGAGCAGCUCCAGACAUCAGAUAGUGACAACAAACAGCUGGCUGAGAAACAGAGUGAGACACAAGGUCCUGUUAUUGUAACAUUCAUUGAUGCUGAGGCAGAAGCGGCAAAACAUAAGGAGGCUGCUGAGAGAAGAAGAAUGUGUAAAGGGAUGACUCUGUGCGUGUGUUACGCUGCCAGCAUUGGGGGCACAGCCACUCUGACAGGGACUGGUCCAAACCUGGUGCUCAAGGGCCAGAUGAACCAAUUAUUCCCUGAUAAUGGAGAUGUGAUCAACUUUGCCUCUUGGUUUGGUUUUGCAUUCCCUAACAUGAUUCUCAUGCUUGCACUGGCCUGGCUGUGGUUACAGUUUGUCUUCAUGGGUUUUAACUUCAGGAAGACGUGGGGAUGUGGUGCAGAGAAGACAGAGAAAGAAAUAGCCGCCUACAACGUGAUCCGAGAGGAGCACCGGGCUCUGGGGCCCAUGUCGUUUGGAGAGAUCAGUGUCUUGAGUCUCUUCAUUCUCCUGGUGGUGCUGUGGUUCACCAGGGACCCAGGCUUUGUCAGUGGAUGGGCAACAGAUAUCUUCAACUCUAAAGCAGAGUACGUGACAGAUGCCACAGUGGCCAUUUUCAUUGCGGUACUUCUUUUUGUUCUACCAUCCAAGCCCCCGCGCUUCUGUUUAUGGAGGAGUGACAGUGAGCAAAUGCUGAAAACUGCACCACUUCUGACUUGGAAAGUGGCACAGAAGAAGUUACCUUGGGGUAUUGUCCUUCUUCUUGGAGGCGGAUUUGCUCUGGCAAAGGGUAGUGAAGAAUCUGGUCUUUCCAAAUGGAUGGGAGACCAGAUGAGUCCUCUACAAAGCAUUCCUCCCUGGGCCAUAGCUAUCAUCUUAUGCCUACUGAUUGCUACUUUCACAGAGUGCACCAGUAAUGUGGCCACUGCCACACUCUUCCUACCAGUCCUGGCUUCAAUGUCUCAGUCCAUUGGGAUGAAUCCACUGUAUGUCAUGGUGCCAUGUACUCUCAGUGCGUCAUUUGCUUUCAUGUUGCCUGUGGCCACGCCACCAAAUGCCAUUGUUUUUUCGUAUGGAUACCUCAAAGUAGCUGACAUGGCCAAGACUGGUAUUGUAAUGAAUGUAAUUGGUAUCCUUUGUAUAACAUUGGCCAUUAACAGUUGGGGCAAGGCUAUGUUUAAUCUGAAUACUUUUCCCUCCUGGGCCAAUGUCACUGGAGUGUGAGUCUGUUCUGAUGGAGACUUGAGUCCAGCUUCUUCAGCCACAGCAGUCACACAGUGGCCUUUGCUCAUGGACAGUACAGAGACACAUGUGCACUGUCCUGCGUGCGCAGGCUGCUGCUCGCUGGUCUUUGUUCUUAUUGUCACUGUCUGCUAAGAAAGUGCGGAGGUAUGAAAAGCAAUGGAGUGAGUGUCUGCGGCUUUUAAAUGACUACACUGUGCAGCAAAUACUUCUAAAAUAGAGUGUUAUAAGAAGAUAAAUGAAUAUGAAUACAUUGAAAUGUAUAGCUGUAAAUUCUUUGCAACACGUGGCUGUAAUCAAAGUACAUACUAUACUGUAAAGUCUUAUAUUGUUAACAUGCACAAUUAAUUACUUUGUUGCCCACUCUAAAAGACAGUGAAUUUAAUGGUGGCGGUGUCACCUGCUUGUCUGUAAGGGGAUAUAAUUGCCCGACCGAGAAUGCUCCACCAUAUGACAUUACAUUUAUCUAUCUCGCCUUUAUUAAAUUCCUUUUUUUCGUUUAAAUAUAUGCUAUGUUGUGAAACAUUGCAGACAAAGCAAUAGCAUCUCCUUGGAGGCAGCAGGUGGCAGACACCAUUCAAGGAUCUGGCUGCAGCAGUGUAUUUUUAAACAACUGUAGCUUACACGCAUUAAUUCCUCACAUUUUUAUUUCACCACAUACUUAUGAAUUUAAUUUACCAAGAAUAAUAUAUUGACCACAUUUUUUUCUCUGUCAGCAUCACCUGAACCUAAAACUGAUACAAAAACAACAUGUGCCUUACUACAAACAUAAAUCAGUCAUGUUUACAGUUUACUGUACUAAACUAAAGGACUGUUUUAUAUCUGUAUUAUUUUGCUUUUGAUUAAAAAGUGGAAUAC